AUGGAUUUGGAUAUCGACAUGGACGAUGCCGCCGCCGACGCCUUCCAAGACGGCAACGAGAUUCUACCGCAAGGCGACGACAUCUUGGUGCCGGACGAGCCAGAGGAGCCGGGUGAGGUGGCAGACGACGGACCACAGAACGAAGACGACGCGUCAACCACCAUCGUCCCUACAAAGAUCCACAUCAAGGGCCUCGACAGCCUGCACACGGACGACAUAAAAUCAUACGUCAAGAGCCACUUCGGGAUCGUGGAGAGGGUGGAAUGGAUCGACGACAGCUCGGCAAACCUCGUCUUCAGCUCCGAACCCACCGCCCGCGACGCCUUUGUCGCCCUGAGCGCCAUCGACAUCGCAGAUGCGACAGCCCUGGGCAUUGGCGAGACGGUCCCCGCCAAAGCCCUGGAGGGCAGGCCGGAAACCUCUCUACAGCUUCGCUUUGCUACCCUGGCCGACCGGAAGCAGGCCGGCGCCGCGCUUCGCAGCAGAUACUACCUCCUGCACCCGGAGCACGACCCCGAGGAGAGGCGGCGCCGGCAGCAGGAAAACCGCGCGCGGUAUCGCGACCGUGACCGCGGCGACCGCGACCAUCGCGCCAGCGGAGGAGGCAGGCGAAGACGCUACUCGGACGAACAGGUGGAGACGUUCGAGGCAAGCAUGUACGACGAUGCGCCGCAGCCUUCCAGGGACAGCAGGUCGCCCGAGCGGUCAGGGUCGCGCGCGCGAGGAAACAACCGCGGCAAAGAGCUGUUCGCAGAUCGCCCAGCGGGGCGAUCAAGCGCCAGCAGGAGAGGCAGAUCGGCAUCACCGCGCCGCGACGACGAUGGGGACGCAGCCAUGGACCUCUUCGCCAGCUCGUCCGGUAACAGGACGCAGGCUCGAUCGAUCAAGAGCCGCCUCGCCAGCGAGACCAAAUCGAAGGAGCUCUUCCCUACCAAGCCGACCAAGAGAGGCGGACAGCUGGAUCAGCUCGAAAAGGCCAUUGGCUCAGCACAGUUGAAAGAGGAGGACAUGCCCAAGAUUGUGGCCAGGCCCGACGCUCCGACCGGCGAGACGUUGAAUAUCCGGGGCGUCGCGAACCAACGCGCUCAGGGCAAGGACGGCGGCUUCUCCAUCAAGGGAGCCGCCGCCAAUGCCCGGGAGCUGUUCCCCGACAGGUUCGGCUCUGGCAAUGCGGGUAAGGAGCUGCUUGACAUGAAUCGAACAAAACGGAGACAGAAAGCGGAGGACUUGUUUUCUUAA